GCUGGGAGUCCCAGGACCCUCUGCGGGGAGAACAGGGGAUCCGGAUGCAGCCCCAGCAGGAGGAGACGCAGGAGCAAACACCGGGCCUGACCAGGGAGAAGGCUGCUCAGAGCGGUUACUGAAAACAGGAACCUGCCCCUCUGCGAGGCCCGCGCCUUCCUCGUUUCUCACAGAGGAAGCGUGCGGCGUGUGUAGCAACUGCUGCUCGCCCUGAUAGCAUGGGCUUGUCUACGCCCCUGGGAGGCCGCGCCGCCCGCUCACUCCGCUGGACCCACCGCAGCUGAUGCAGAGGCGCUGACGGCGAUCCUGGCACCCCCUCGUCAGCUACUCCCAGGGGAGACCAUGUCCAGCCUGUGAAGGCCUCGCCAGCCGUCCACAGCCCCGGGAGCGAGCGAGAUGGGAAACAGCGUGAGGUCCACCCCGGCGCCUCCCGAGAGGACUCUGCCCUGCCCGGACGGACUGGACAGCGACUACCUGGCCGUGCUGAGUGACUACCCGUCUCCUGACAUCAGCCCCCCAAUAUUCCGCCGCGGAGAGAAACUGCGCGUGAUUUCUGACGAAGGGGGCUGGUGGAAAGCCAUCUCCCUCAGCACUGGCCGGGAGAGUUACAUUCCUGGGAUAUGCGUGGCCAGAGUUUACCACGGCUGGCUGUUCGAGGGGCUGGGCAGAGACAAGGCCGAGGAGCUGCUGCAGCUGCCUGACACGAAGAUCGGCUCCUUCAUGAUCAGAGAGAGUGAGACCAAGAAAGGUUUCUACUCCCUGUCCGUGAGACAUCGGCAGGUAAAGCAUUACCGAAUCUUCCGCCUGCCCAACAACUGGUACUACAUUUCGCCCAGGCUCACCUUCCAGUGCCUGGAGGACCUGGUGAACCACUAUUCCGAGGUGGCCGACGGCCUCUGCUGCGUGCUGACCACGCCCUGCCUGACUCAGAGCACGGCUACCCCCGCGGUGAGAGCCGCCGACUCGCCCGUCACCUUGCGCCAGAAGACCCUGGACUGGAAGAGGGUGUCCAGGCUUCAGGACGACCCCGAGGGGGCAGGGAACCCCCUCGGCGUGGACGAGUCCCUCUUCAGCUACGGCCUCCGGGAAAGCAUCGCCUCCUACCUGUCCCUGACCAGCGAGGACAGCGCCCCCCUGGACCGCAAGAAGAAGAGCAUCUCCCUGAUGUACAGCGGGAGCAAGAGGAAGAGCUCCUUCUUCUCGUCGCCGCCCUACUUCGAGGACUAGCCGGGGGGCCGCCGCCAUGCCGCGUGCCCAGAAGGGACAGAGGUUCGGACUCGCACCUGGGCUCCCACCGAAAGGCUCACUUCCCUGGCCCCCGGGGAGCCUCGCGUCUCCCAGGAGCCAAGAGAAGCUGCGGGAGACUCCCACUCCCACCUUCUCCGUCCACAUGAAGACCUGGGGGACCCUCUCUGGCGUCUGACCGGUCCUGGGACGUCACAGAACGUUGACUUGCGAUGCCUGGACGCAGCCGUGUUUCGGGAGAGUCCUGCUUGUGUGCUGUAUGUGUGCGCCCGUGGUGCUUGUGGGAAAGACAGGCACCCUCUCACCGGAAAGCGCACCAGGGCCAUCCUCCGACCGACUGUCCGGAUGGCCACACUUCGCGCUCACAGAGAAAACCUCUGAAUGAGAAGCGUCUGAGAAGAAGAUGAGCCCAGCGCUGUGUCCUGGCCCAGCGUCUGGGUUUGCAAAUUGGUUUUGCGCCUGGAACUCUCUCAGCCAAUCCACAGACAGACCUUUGGUGUGCAUCUUCUCUCUCUUUAAGGGGACUCGGUGACACUAAACAUUCACCUUCUUCAUCAGCCCUGAACCAGGAGAUCCCUUUGCCCUGCUGGUCCCAAAGCCACAGAUACAGAAGUCAGACGGCCUCCCUGCCUCCGCUGGGGGCAAGGCAAGCAGGAGAGGGGGUGGCUGCUGGCUGGGGGGCGCAACGCGGGUCCUGGAAUUGUGCAAGCUUGUACCACGUCCCAGCUACGGCUUUGCGGCCCAGAGAGAACUCAGGGGCACGCGGAGGUUCACACCUAAAUUAAUGCAUCGGCGGUUCACUCACGACUGCCUGAAGAGGCACUGCAUCACGUCCUGUGUGCGGUGUCGGGCC